GGACCUGUAAAGCUCCCAUUUCCUCAAUUACUGUGUAAAAACCGUCAAGAUGAAUAACUUCGGCGUGAUAGAGCUUGCGAGUGCCAAAACUACCAAUGCUCCUGGCUGGGCAUACGUGCCUGAUACAGCCCCUCACUUAGCAGCAGCAGCCGCUGCAUCACUCCAAACAGGGAACAGAAAAAGAGCUGCUCGCAACCAAGUGACCAACACCAGCGCCUUAUACGCCGACGCAGAUGCCCGCCAGGAAGCUAAGCUGCGCAGGGAGAUCGAGGCCCUCGACCGCGAUAAUUACCACCGCGACGUGAGCAUACCCAUCGUAGCGAAGAGCAAUAAUAGUAGCAGCAAGACAGGCGCGAAGAAACAUACCCCCAACGUCCGCAGGAUCCUACAGUCCCAAAAGACUUUCGCAAACCACCUCGACGACUUCGAAGCCCUCCUCGCACAAGAGAAAUCUAAUCCGAGCGCCGCGGCUUCCGCUGCCGCCCCCACAUCUGCAACCGCGACGGCUUCUUCUUCUUCGAUCGCAGGGAAUACGAAAAAGGGCGCAGCAGCAGCAGACAAACACCACCAGCAGAAAAACAGCAAAAAGUCUUCCAGGUCCAACAUAUCCCGCUCAGCAUCAAUUUCCAAAGCCGCACCAGCCGUAAAACAAGAAGAAGACACCCCGAUGUCCGACGCGCCCCAAGACGCCGCCCCAACAAACCCAUCUUCCUCUUCCUCCUCCUCCCUCCUAACGCCAUACUCGCGCCCCGGACACCCCCCCACACACCCCCUCGACAACGACCCGCUGCUCGCCUCCCGCGUGCCCGCGCCGCCCAGCCCAGCCGAGCUGCGGGCGCUGGUCUCCGCGCCGCCGCUGAACUACGCCGAGGCGCGGGGGCGCUGGACGGCCGAGGACGACGGGAGGAGGUAUCCGGCGCGGGUGUUCUGCGAGGUGUGCGGGUAUUGGGGACGGGUGCGGUGCAUGCGGUGCGGGGCGAGGGUGUGCGCGCUCGAGUGUCUGGAGACGCAUCGCGAGGAGUGCGUUUCGCGGUAUGGGCUGUGAUUCUGGGUACGUACCUACCUAUUUGGUGUAGCUUAAUUCGAAUGGGAGAGCCUCGGCUGUGAGUACAGGGAUUGUGAGUGGAAUGGCUUGAGUAGGAAGAAGUCUGACCUGUUGGGAAAUUUGCAA